GACAUAGACGGGAGGGACCUGAUCCUAGGUCAGCACUGCUACUCUAAGAUGCUUUGUGAAUACAGGCCCAGGUGUAUAUAUAAAGUCAGCACUGUGGAGGAUCCAUUCUGUUGAGGAUGGGACGAGCUGCCUCUCUACCCUGCAGGAGAGGAACCACCUAUGUCACAGAGCUCUAUGAGUGGUUAAGAACAUUUAUGAAUGAGUGCCCUAGUGGACUGAUCACUCUGCAUGAGUUCCGGAGACACUUCUGUAAGGGUACUGUGGGCAAUGAGUCAGCUGAGUAUGCGGAGCAGAUAUUCCGUACCUUGGAUAAUAAUGGGGAUGGGGUUGUUGACUUCCGGGAGUAUGUGAAAGCCAUCAGUAUGCUGAUUGAAGGUACCCCAGUGGAGAAACUACGCUGGUCCUUUAAACUCUACGAUAAAGACAAAGAUGGAGCCAUAUCACGCAGGGAGAUGCUGGAGAUCAUGCAGGCUGUGUACAAGAUGAGCGUGGCAGCCUCACUCACCAAGCCUAACCCGCUUACAGCUGAGGAGUGCACCAACAGGAUAUUUGCAAGAUUGGAUAAAGACAACAAUGCCAUCAUCAGCCUGGAGGAGUUCAUCGAGGGGGCCCUGGAUGAUGAGUGGAUAAGGGAAAUGCUGGAGUGUGACCCCAACACUGUGAAGGUUGAGAGGCCCCCCAAGGGCCACAUCUUGCUUUAGUAAGGACAGACAGAGAGGUGCUGUGGAUCCAGAGUUUCGUUUCAUUCUACCUUGGAUGUCAGCUGAUGAACUGAACUGGGCUGAGACAAUAUAUGUAAUCUAGCUAUAUUUGUAAUGCUUCAACUGUUUCCAAAAGCCAAAACUACAUGAAAGUGUUUACAUGGCGUUACAGGUCUUGAGCGCAUUUCUAUAGCCUACUACCAUUUCUGAACAAAAUGCCAUUCUAUUAAUUAGGUUUAAGAUGUGAUUUUUUUCUUACUUUGUGUAAGCUAUACAUAUUUAUUUGAUUUUUUUUGCCGUUUUAUUCUGUCCUCACACUAUUUAAAAAGGCUCAUUAGUGUUUUCUAGCUGACAUUUAUUUCACAUUAUGUAGUUUUACUCUGUCCUCUUGUAUAACAACACUUAUUUUAGCAGUGUCUGUGUCUGAGACAUAAUACAAGCCAAAUAAAAUGUGUGGGAAAUGGCA